AUGGCCGGCCACCUGGCCUGCUCCACCCAGCGCGCCAUCAUCAUGCCCAGAGAGAUACAGAUAGCUGUGUACCUGCUGCUUCCCCGGGACAUGGGCAAGCGCGCUCAAGCUUCAUCACAGCAGCAGCAGCAGCAGAAGGCGGCCCUGAAGAGGAAGCAGUCCACGCGCCGCAGGCUCGCCAAGAAACAAAGCCAGAGCUUCACCACCUACUUCCCCCGGGUUCUCAAGAAAAUUCACGAGGACCUGAGCCUUUCACAGGAGGCCCUGAGCAUCCUGGAUUCCUUCGUGAAGGUCAUGUUCGAGCGCAUCGUCCAGGAGGCCAGUCACCUGGUCCGCUCCAACCAGCGCGCCACCCUCACGUCCAGAGAGAUCCAGACGGCCAAAAUCCACGAGGACCUGAGCCUUUCACAGGAGGCCCUGAACGUCCUGGAUUCCUUCGUGAAGGACAUGUUCGAGCGCAUCGUCCAGGAGGCCAGUCACCUGGUCCGCUCCAACCAGCGCGCCACCCUCACGUCCAGAGAGAUCCAGACGGCCAAGCAGCAGCAGCUGAAGAAGGUGGCCCUGAAGAGGAAGCAGUCUACGCGCCGCUGGCUCGCCAAGAAACAAAGCCAGAGCUUCACCACCUACUUCCCCCGGGUUCUCAAGAAAAUCCACGAGGACCUGAGCCUUUCACAGGAGGCCCUGAACGUCCUGGAUUCCUUCGUGAAGGACAUGUUCGAGCGCAUCGUCCAGGAGGCCAGUCACCUGGUCCGCUCCAACCAGCGCGCCACCCUCACGUCCAGAGAGAUCCAGACGGCCGUGCGCCUGCUGCUGCCCGGCGACAUCGGCAAGCACGCCGUGAACGUGGCCACUAAGGCCGUCAUCAGAUACACUAGCUGCGCGUGA